AUGGCGGAUGACCGUUUUGAACCUUCCAACGCGGGACAAGCACCACCACCACUCCUUCGUCCCGUUCCGCGGCGAACCUUCGACACUACACACAACGACUCGGCCGACUCGCCAACCCACGCUUUUUCGCAGGCGGCGCCCCCGAGUCCAAUCGAGACUCGACGGUCGUCAGACUUCCUGUCGCAGCUCAAUGCGCGCCUACUGCGGACGUACAACUCCCGUAGCGACGAUGAUGGAGAUGAGGGGGAAAGGGAGCAAGGGCUUCCUUCGCGCAACAAGAGCUUCUUGAACAUGACGAGCACGCUAUCCGGCAUAUACGAUGAAGUGGACUCGAAUGCGGCGAGCAUGGUAGAAACGCCAUACGGAACUGGCGCAGAAUCUCCGUCGCACACAGGCUUGGGCUUCCAAGUAAGGGAGAGCGGCGUUGGUAGCCUGGACGCUGGCAUGAGCAUGAAGACACGGGCACGGAAGGGAACACAGGCGCGCAUGACCGAGGGCAAGAGGAAGGCUCAGUCUCCGAAGCGGCCUAGGAAUGGAGCAGUAAAGCUCGCAGUCUUUGGGGGCAAACUGGCAGCGCUCUUCUUAUUUGGCGUCAUCUACGGGCUCAUCGUCUCGCACUUGCACGACACCCGGCAGCUCACGGCGGUACAUAUCGAGGGCAUAAAUCACGAGAACUGGAUAUACCUUAUCAGCUGGGGGUUCUUCGGCGUCGCGCUCGGCAGCUUGUUGCCAUAUGUCGAUGUCGCAUGGGGCGGGCACGACAUCGAGGAACACACUGAGGAGGAAGAGUCGGACAAGGACGGGCAAUCGCCCAUGAGCGAGCAGAUCAACGACGUGGUCCGUAGUGUGGCUGCCUUUGUUGGAAUCGCAUUCGCCAUUCGUCGACUUCCCUGGCAGUCCACCCUACAGCUGACCCUGACCCUUGCUCUGGUCAACCCCGCGCUCUGGUACAUACUCGACCGCUCGAAACCAGGUCUCUCGUGCUCGCUCAUCGUCACCUCGAUCCUCACGUCUUGCAUAUUCCUAUCCAAUCCCGAGGUCCUACCCUCACCAUCAUUGCCAGUGAUGAACAAUGCGACACAAUUACCCACAAGCAAAGCCACCACUGGUCAGAUGAAGAACGACUUCUUUGCCGGCGUGGUCAGCUACGACAACUUGGCUGUCGUAACGUGGGUGGGGAGCGUACUGUUUUGUAGCUGCGUGUGUUUUGGUAGCAUUGGACGCCGGUUGGCAGUGCUGGAAGAGUCGGGGUCGAAGCGGUCGGGGUAG